AUGAAAAGAAAAGUAGUGAAGGCCAGCAGGCUGCGGUUGAGUCCUAAUGAAGAAGCUGUUAUUUUGAAGGAAGAUUAUGAAAGAAGACGAAAACUGAGGUUGCUCCAGGUUCGAGAACAAGAAAGGGAUAUCGCCUUACAGAUAAGAGAAGACAUAAAACAGAGGAGAAAUCAGCAAUUCACUCGUUUGGCAGAGGAGCUACGGGCAGAAUGGGAAGAAACACAAACUCAGAAAAUUAAGAACUUAGAAAAGCUGUAUUUGGCAAGUUUAAGAAACAUGGGAGAGGGACAUCGACAAGCCAAAGAAAAUGAACCCAAUUUGGAUGGUUUGGCACAGCGGGCAGCAGAAAGGAAAAAAAGAGCAGAAAUGAGGCAUAAAGAGGCUCUGAAAAUACAAAAAAACCAAAAAGAAAUCCUAAUGAAACAAAAAAACCGGCAUAUAAAAGCUAGAAAGGAAGCACUGCUUGUGGAAAAAGAAAGAUCUGCUAAAAUUACAAGUUUGCCACCUCCUCCUCCAGCUCUUUUUGAGAACAUUGACGUAAAGCGAACUCCUGCAGUAAAGACCAAUAGUUCUACCUAUCAUCAUCUUUACAGUCUUGUGAACAGAGAGAUGGACACAAAGCAGCCAGACCCUCAUUUAGCUGCUGAAGAAGAAGCGAAACGUUUGGAAGCACUACAAAAACAAGUAGCACAAGAAAGACUGGAACAGUUUGAAAAGGCCCAUGUACGGGGUUUCCACGCAAUGAAAAAGAUCCAUUUGGCUCAAAAUCAAGAGAAACUAAUGAAAGAACUCAAACAGCUACAACAAGAGGACCUGGCACGUAGGAGACAGAACGUAGCACGCAUGCCACCACGACUAGUUGAGCUGCCGUACAAACGCAGUGAGACGAAAGAAGACUGGCAGAGAGAGCUAGAAUUUGCCUUUGAAGAUAUGUACAAUGCAGACAGGAAGGUGAAAGGAAACCUGAUUUUGCACCUUGAACCAGAACCUUUGCCUACUCUGAAUGAUCAGACCCAAGAUGAGCAACUGGACCUUUCAAUGAAACAAGAAAAUUUAAAUGAAACUGACACUCUACAAGUGACAGAAGUUGAAAAAAUAUGCCCUAGUGAAAUAGAUGUGCCAUUGGCAAUGAAAACUCAACAGGCCCCUUCAAAAAUAAUUUUUAAAAAAUUAUUAAAUAAGAUCCGAAGCCAAAAAUCUCUCUGGACAAUAAAAUCUGUGUCUGAGGAUGAAAGUGAAAUGCCGGCAACCAUCAGUGAAACUGAGAGUAAAGUACCAACUGUGGAAUCGGGGACGAUUGUCAGUGAAGAGCAAACAUUGUCCACUGGGCUCGAGCAAGUAGUUGAGAGUGAUGCACUAACAAUUGAGUCGGGACCACUUAGUACUGAAGACAAGCCACUUUCAUGCAGUACAGACUCUGAAAACCAACGAGAAGUACAUGAGGCUCAGCCCAUCACAUCUGUAGUUCAGAGUUCAGUUCUACUUCAUCCUCAAGAAGAAGCAGCCAGAAUUAGAAUCUCAGCAAGGCAGAAACAGAUAAUGGAAAUAGAAGAGCAGAAGCAAAGGCAGUUGGAUUUACUUGAGCAAAUUGAACAACAGAAAUUAAGAUUAGAAACUGACUGCUUUAAGGCUCAACUAGAAGAAGCAAACAGAAAAAAAACUCAACAGAUUGGGGUUGGUUCUGCUCCAGCAUCAAGCACCGUAGUUUCUGAUGAAGAUAGUCACAGGCAGAUGAUUCGUAACUAUCAGCAUCAGCUUUUAGAACAAAACAGGUUACACAGACAGUCCAUUGAAGCUGCCAGGAAACAGUUGCAUGAUUAUCAGACUAUGUUAAAAGAAAGGUACCUAUCCGUGUCAGCUGCAUCAGUGGUAUCUGAUUCUAUUGUAUCAGAACCACCUCAGAAAUAUGAAAGGUCCACUGUUAUGUCAGAGCAUUGGGAUCAAGAUCAGAGACGCAACAUGAGUCCUGAAAACUAUCAACCCAUACAGGUCUCCAAAUUAGAACAAAGUCGUUUUCAGGUACCAAGAGAGACUCUCUUUUCACCACGACAGAUAGAAACAAUGGGAACAUCGAGCACUUCAAAUGUUUUAGCCAAGCAAUCUGUGGAAUCACAAGGACAUCAACAGUUAUUCUCCCAAGCUGGAGCACAAAAGAGAGACCACAGAUUGAUCCCUGAAGAUUCUCAUAGACUUUCAAGGGCCUUGUCACAGGAUAGGUCACUAGUAUUUCAGGAUCCUACAGAAACAUCUCAAACAUCUAGGACAACACCUUUUCAAACUUUAGACUCCCAGCAGAUGCUCUCAGAAAACAGCCAAAGUAUAUCUUCUAAGCUGACUGAUCCUUCUUCAUUUCUACCACUGGUAGCUGAGCACUCUUUUAGUUCUCUGCCUGCUAAAAGUGAAUCUGGAAUAAUCCAAGAAGCCCUUUCAACUAAAAGCAGAAGUACUUAUUCCUUAAGCCAUUCUGUUAUCAGCCAAAUACAGGAUAGGCCUUUGCCAUCCUUAGAACAUAUCACAGCCCAACAAAGUAAUUUGAAAGCUCUCCAAGAACAGCUGGACCUACAAAAGGAAGUUCUUCGGGCAAAACAGGAAUCUCAGCAACAACAACUUUUGCAUAAACAGAAGGAAUUGGAAGAACAAAUUGGCCUCUCUUUAUUUAUUCCAUUGGUAGCUCCACGUUCAUUUGCUUCACUACCUUCUACCAAAGCUGAAUCAGUGAGAAUCCAGGAAUCUUCUUUACCCAAGAGUGAUACUGCAGUUUGUUCAGGCCAUCCUGUGGUUCCACAAAUUCAAGAUAGGCUUUUGAAUUUUUCACAGACUAAUUUAUCUCAGCAAAAUAAUUUUAAAUUUCACCAUGAGCAGCUGAAUGUUCGAAAGGACAGAAUGCAGGCUAGGAGAGAAGCCCAGGAAGUAUUACGGGUACAUAAACAGAGUGAACUAGAUGGAAGUGUAUCUUCUGAGCAGGCUGAAUCCUCUACUCUCCCAUUUCAGAUAGAUCAGCACAAACUUACUUCACUGUCUGCUGAAGCUAAAUCUGGAACAUUCCAGCCGCAGUAUUCAUCAAAGAGUGACAAAGGAGUCCUCUCAAGCCAAUCUGAAAUCCCAGCAUCUCAAGACAGGUCUUCAAGUUUCCUACAGCAGUUCCUACCUCUGCAUGAUAGCUUAAAGUUGCUCCAAGAACAGCUGUCUACACAGAGGGAUGCUCUUCAGGCUAGGCAUGAAACCCAAGCAGAAUUACUUUUACACAGACAAAAGGGUUUAGAUGUUAGGAAGUCUAGGCAGUUAAGCUCUUCAUUCUCAAUGGCAACUGCUCAUGAUUCAGUUGCUUCACACUCUUCUGCUAAAACUGAACCUAGAAGAAUUCAGAAUCUUCAUUUAUCUGAGGAGAGUCUGAUUCCUUCAAAUCAUUUGGUAAUCCCGACAUUUCAAGAUAAAUCUCUUCCUAGUUUUCCACAGCAUAGCCUACCACAGCAAGAAAAUUUGGAACCACUACAAGAACAGUUACACAUGCAGAGGGUAGUAAAAGGAGCUAACCAAGAAACUUGGGAAUUUGAACAUAAACACAGUGAAUUGGACAAAAGAUUUUCCUCUGAACAGGUAGACGAAUCAGAAAGAUCCCAAGAAUUUAUGUCACUCAAGAGUGAGAGUACAUGCCCCUUAAGUCACUCUGUGAUCCCAAGUUUUCAGGAAAGACCUUUGAGACUGUCACAACAGGUAAUACCCCUAAAAGAUAACUUGGAAGCAUGUCAAGGGUGGCUACACACCAAGAAAGAUGCUCUUCAUUUUAGCCAGAACGCUCAACAAAGUAGAACUCCUGAACAAACUGGCCAGUUAGAACAGCUUUUAUAUACUUCAUUACCUUCUGCUGUAUCUGGUACAGUCCAGGAGCGUAGCUCAGUAGAAGGUGAUAGUGAAAUUCCUUCAAGCCAUUUUCAGAUCCCACAGUUGCAGGGUAGGCUUUUGAGUCUAUCACAACGUAUCCAGCCUCAACAAGAUAAUUUGAAGGCACUUCAAGAACAGUUAGCUACACAGAGAGAAUCCAUUGUUCAAUCUAGUCAGGAAGCUCAGAAAGAAUUACAUUUGUAUGAACAGAGUGGUUUAAAGGAAAGAAUAGCUCCUGACCAGGUUGGUACCUCAUCCUUCUUACCCCUGGUAUCCCAGCAUUCAUUUACUUCAGCAUCUCCUACUGAGUUGGAGAGAAUCCAAGAACCUUGUCCAACUAAGAGUGAUAAUGCAGUUACCUCAAGUCAUUCUGAAAUGCCAAGAUUUCCUGACAGGUUUUUGGAUUUGUUGAAGCCUGUUCUACCUCAGCAAGAUAAUUUGAGUACGCUUCAAGAGCACCUACAUGCACAGACAGAUGUCCUUCCUUGUAGCAAGAAAACUCAGAAAGAAUUGGUUUUUCCCAGACAAAAUAACUUUGAGGAAAACAUAUUUUGUGAGCAGUUUAUCGAACUUCCUCGUAGUGAUCUGACAUCACUUCAAGAGCAAUUAGAUGCUCAAAGGAGAAACAUUCGAUCAGCACAAAAAGUCCAAGAAGAACUACUUUCACAAAGAUUAAGUAAGUUGGAGAAAAGAGUAUCAUCUGAACAGGUUAGUUCUUCUUCAUUCUUAUCUCUGGUAGUCCUGCCUGUAGUUGACUCUAAAAACAACCAAGAGCCUUUCCCAACCCAAAAUAACAACACUGUUCCUUCAAGUAAUCCUGCUGUUCCUGGAGCACAUAAUAGGAAUUUAAAUUUAUCCCUGACUAAUCUGCCACAACAAGAGAGUUUGAUAGCACUUCAAGAACAAUUGGACUUACAGAGGGAAGUGGCGUGUUGUAGUGAGAACACCCAGGAAGAAUUGCUUGUAAACACGCAAAGCAACUUGAACAAAAAUGAAUCUUCUCAGCACACUGUCUUCUCUUUGUCUGUACCCAAGGAGGCAGCGCAUUCAUUUAUUCCACUACCUUUUGCUGAAGCUACACCUAAAAGAAUUUGUGAAUGGUAUUCAUCCAACAAUGGGCAGAAAGCUCCCUCAAGUAAUUUUAUGGUCCCAAAAUUACAAGAUAUUUCAAGUUUCUCACAGCCUAUCUUAGCUCAGCAAGAGAACCUGGGUUUUCAGCAGCAGUUGGAUCUACAGAGAGAAGCUCUACAUUGUAGCCAAAAAGCCCAAGAAGAAUGGACUGUUCAGAGACAAGCAGCACUGCAGCAGCAGAUACAGAAACAUGAAGAGACUUUGAAGGAUUUCUUUAAAGACAGUCAGGUCCAGGAUUGUGAUGGUUGUAUUUUUAAAUGGAAAUACUACCAUUUUAAUAUUGGAGGGAAAACUAAUUUUUCUCAAGACAGAGAUCCCAUGAGAGUCUCAAUCAGCCGAGAACAGAGUUUACUCAGUAGCUCACUAGAUCAUGAUUCAGUUGGUCACCGUCAGCCAAGUGCCCAGGAGAAUGUUUAUGGUGAUGACUAUGAUGAAGCAGUCAAAGUGAAGGAAUCAGCAAUAUUAUGUCAUGCUGUAGAGGAACAAGAGCCUACAUAUCUGGAUGCUACUGUGAAGCCAGACUAUACGGCUGAAACACAAGAGAUUUCUCAUGAGCCGUUAUCUUCAGUAACUAUUUCUACUGGGAGCCUUUUAAGUUAUGAAAAUACAGAUUUGAGCCUUACAGAUCCAGAGUCGUUUACAGAGCAGGUGGACCAUAGACACCAAGAAUCUACCACUGGAAAGGAAGAGGAAAUAAAUCUUUUAAGUUCUGUUGUUCCUCCAAUUCAAAAAACUAUUUAUGAAAGGCAAAAAUCUUCUGAUGUUCACAAAUCUCCUUUGCCUGCGGUAGCAGAAUUAACAUCUGGCCAAACACACGUUCAGCAGAUCAUAGACAAGUACAUAAAUGAGGCAAACUUGAUCCCUGAAAAGAUGGAUUUUAAGGAACUGGAAUACACUUUUCCAAAUUUGCAUCGUCAGCUCUUUAAACCCUUAGAACCACAUCCAGAUUUUGAUUUGUUAUCCUUAUCCUCUGGAAUUUCUCAAGACAGCAGAGACUUUUACAUGGGCUCCGAGUCUUCAUCUGAAAGCCAACAUGCUACUGCUUCAUCCAAAAGCACAGUUUCUUUUACAGCACUGAGAAGGAGCCUGCAUUCUUGUCUUAACUCACCAAGUCUGAAACAGCAACCUGACCCUAACUUGGCUUGUGUUGCAGCUCAGAAUUCCCUGACAGAAAAUAUCACUAAAAGUUCUGAACGACCUUUUCAGCAGCUUCUACCAGAAUUUUUUUCACAGGAAGAGAGUCAGCAUGCUGAUCUACCAAGUAUUUUUAGCAUUGAAGCAAGAGAUUCUUCUCAAAGCAUGGAAAAUCAGAACUACCCCUCUGAAGAAGUAUUACAAAUUAAGGAAAGAGGUGUUUAUUUCCCAGACUCUCUGGAAAACUUACUACGUCCAUCUGAUGAAGUUACUGUAUUUAAGCAGUCAAAAAUGCAGCAUAGCACUCCGUGUGGUUCCACUUCUAGUGAGUGCUCAAUGAAAGACCAACCAGAAGUUGGGAAUGAAAGAAGGCGUGACACAAUGUUAGAGAAUCAAGGACUUAUUGAAGAUGAUAAAAAUGAAGCUGAUGGUGUUUUAGACAUAAAUCCACAUGAAGAGGAAACUGACUCUCAAUUAUACAUCAGAACAGUGGAGAUGGGAACUUCAGUGCACACACCCCAUUCAGUAACUCUGCAGAAUGAAAAAUAUUUGGAGAAUUCAACUCAAACUGAAACUCCAGAAAUCUUAAGAAAUCUAUCUCAACCAGCACAAUCAUUUUCAGUACAGAGCUCUAUUCCAACUUUGGAGACAGAGUCUGGUCAUGGGAUAAUGGAAGAACCAGAAUUAACUUUAGUAAGCACCAGUGAUAACAGUAUCACUGAAACAGAUUUUGAAAACUUAACUCUAGAAGAAAACAGCGAGAAUGAGGCAAAAAGCGGGUGUCAGGUGAGUGAAUUUUUGCUUCUACCAGAAGCAGCAAGUCAACUUGUAUCAGAGCAUUAUGGGAAGAAUCUAGUAAAACAGCCAACAGGUGUUUUUUUUUUUCCCAAACAAACUCCUUCAGCUAUGCCAGAGAGCUUACAAGAAGCAUUUCUUAGAAGGAAAAAACUGUUUAUUGAGAGAUCUACUCAGAGGCAGAAAGAAAUAAGAAAGAAAACUUGGGUCACAGAAAACCUACAAGUUGGGAAACAUUCUACAGGCAUAAGUCACCUAAAAGGUGUGAGUAAAGAUCGGGUCUCUCUCCCUGAAGACAGAAGGACUGAACAAGCCCUCAUGUACCAAAGGGCUCUAAGAUCAUGUAAUCAAUUAUCUGAAGUAAAAGAGCAGAGAGAAAAGAAAGCAAGACAAGCAGUAUAUGCUCAAAAUAGAGCAAGGGCAAGAGAAUUUCAUAAAAAAACACUAGAAAAACUUUGA